AUGCAAUGGGUCAUUGACUUAGUAGGACUCUUGCCACCCGUGCCCGCCAAGAAUGACAUGAUGAUCUUCGCCACCGACUACUAUACUAAAUGGAUCGAGGCCGAAACUCUAUCCUCUAUUAAAGAAGCCGAUGUGGAGCGAUUCAUCUGGGGAAACAUCAUCUGCAGGUUUGGUUGCCUACAAUCGCUGGUAGAUCCCCGCAAAACUGUCGCCCAUAAGCAGCGUCCUAAGGGAGACGCAGGGCAACAACCAAAGCGUCCUUCGGGAGACGCAGCCCGUAAAAAGCGUCCUAAGGGAGACGCAGGGAUAGACACACAGUUGCCCAUAAGCAGCGUCCUUCGGGAGACGCAGGGCGACGACCAAGGCAUCCUAAGGGAUGUGCAGAAUACGCCCGAAGCCUCUGAAGGGGGGCCCUGGCACUCGCCAACUUCCUAA